AACUGGAAUGUUGCUAGAGCUGCCUCUUCCUUGGCUGUUGGCAUUGCUUUCUGAUGAAAUAGAUCUUAUGUCACACAUAAAACAAGCAAGAGAUAACUACUUUAGUUACAUUAAGAGCACUAGGACAUCAGCAGAAUUGACCAAGGAGACCCCAGAGCCCAUUGCCUUGUAGUGAUCUGAUCCGCUUUGUUCAACCUCAGCUUUCCGAUUUGUCUGCGGAGUCAAGUGACGAUGGACGCCGCCCCUCCUGUGUGCGGUUGGCGGGCCUGGGGUGCCGUACUGGGUGGAGUGCUCAUUCAUCUCACUCUCGGCAACCUUUACAGCUUUGGGAACCUGACGACGUACAUGACGUCAUACCUUCACGAGGAAGUGUCCCGUGACGUAACCUACAGCGACGUGGUCUGGGUGAUGGCGCUAACCUUGAUGGCGCAGGGGCUCUUCAUGCCAAUUGGAGGAAUUCUUGAAGCAAGACUUGGGCCCAGACUAACUUGUUGUAUUGGAGCAGUUAUAAUGAGUUUAGGCGUGGGUCUCACGCGCUUGACAAUCAACUGCUCUGUAUUUGCUGUGGCUAUGACGUACGGCCUCCUGGUGGGCUUAGGCAUUUCUCUUGCCUACGUCUCGCCAAUGGCGUGCGCCAUGAAGUGGUACCCGGAACGCAAAGGUCUGAUCAACGGGCUGAUCGUGGCAGGCUUUGGCUUGGGCGCUCUUGGCAGCACCAGCCUACAAACGCACUACCUCAACCCGGACAACAUCUCUGUGGCGCCAUCAGGGUAUUUUGAAGACCCGGCGCUGCUGGCGCGCGUGCCGUCAGUAUUUACUGUGAUGGCCGCGGUGUUCGCGGCGCUGCAGACGCUGGGCUGCCUGCUGCUGUCCCGGCCUGACGUGUCGCUCGUGCGAACCACACACACUUCGAACGAGGAGGAGGAAGAGCUCCUAGACGGCCAGUGCGACCAACGCAGCAGCGGCGCAUCUCACGGUAUACGAGAAGAUUCAGAGAACUUGACUCCCCGCCAAAUGCUGAGGACGCGGCUGUUCUACCACUUGUGGCUGAUAUACCUCAUCAACACCAUAGCCAUUGGCUACAUCAACGCCACAUACAAGAGCUUCGGGCAGACAUUCCUUAAGGAUGAUUUCUUUCUGGCGACUGUAGGUGCUCUUGCCGCCAUCUUUAAUGCAAGCGGACGUCUUUUCUGGGGACGGCUUAUGGAUGCUACCACUUUUAAGACGUCGAUGUGUUGCCUAACGUGCUCGCUGUGCGUGCUGUUCUCGACGCUGCCCCUCACGCCGCUCACGUCGCACCCGUCAGCUGCGUACGCGGCCGCCGUGUGGUGCGUGUUCUUCACCUUCUGCGGCACGUUCGUCCUCAUGCCCACCGUCACCGAGAAAGCCUUCGGAGCGCGACACUACACCACCAACUAUGGGCUCCUCUUCACUACCCAGGUGCUGAGCGGUGUUUUAGUUGCUAGCCUCAACCAACUGCUGCUGCACGCCAUCGGCUACACGGGUUGCUUCUUAACUGUUGCUUUCUUCUCCGCCUUCUGUUUACUUGUGACGCUCUUCCUCCCUCGGGGCCUGUAACGACGGAGUAUAUAUUUUUGAAACUAGACGUUACAUUGUUAUCUUCAUCAAUGUAAAAACCUGUAUUACCAUGUUUUAUAGCAUACAUGAGCACAUCUUUCUAACAUUCGCUUGCCAAGUUCAUCCAUGGUGGUACGAAUAAAUAGAAACUGGAAGUCUUGAAUGCUCAAUAUGAACUGGAAGUUGUGAAUACUUAAUCUUUUAACUAGCAUUAAUUACCUCCUAUUUCAUUAGGUAAGUAAAGCGAUUUUACGUUUAUAACCUUGCUAUUUCCCAAACUAUGCUGCGGCUCUAAUGCAAUCGUUGUUGAACACUUACAGUAUUCAGUGCAUAUGUAUGUCACUUCACUGUCGUGGUUUUGAUGGCAUAUAUCUAAACAAAAAUAUUUUCAUGCGCUGAAUCACUUUUUAGUUGAUGUUUCAUUAUAUUGAUCAUACAUAAUACUGAUUUUAAACAGUGAAACACUAUAACGUAUUAAGUGUAACCUGCAUCUCGUACGUUAUUUGUGCUCGGAACUCUAGUCGUCUCUCCCAUCGCUCAAAGGUAUUACCUAUUUUCAUAUUUGAUGGAGCUUGUGCAGUAUGCGUCACUAAAGUAUUUAUCGAACAAAGUUAUAAAGAAUUGCAUCAAUUCCACUUGAGCUGUAUACUUGAAUGCUUGUGUCCUAACUUAUAAGAAAGACAAACAUUACUUAAUCAUUAUAACAUUCUUUGCUUGGUGUUCGAUUCACCUGUUUGAGGUAAGAGGUGCAAAUGAAAUUGAUGUAUUAUAAUAGUAGAAUUGCCUCAAAGAAACUGUGUCAAGAUUGGGCUUUAGCUGAAUACUAAAUUCCAUAUCAUGUUAUGAGGCUUCAAGUAAAUUUGAUUUUCACUAUCAACAUGGCCUUGGUACAUCGAUAUUUCAUGUUUACUACAGUGCAUGAAUUAGUGUUUGCAAAGCAUGUCUAAAUCAUCGUGUGAAGUUUUGACUCAGUUUUUUUUAUUGGUGUAUGGUUUGUUGUUGUUUAAACGAUUAAUGUCAAAAAUUUAUCCCUUUUGGAGUGUUGAAACGAAAUGAGUUGAACUUCUUCAAUUUGAUUUGAAACAAUUCUCACCCUAAAAUUCCUAAUAGUUUUUUUAGAGUUUCAAAUUUUCUGGGCUUUUCUGUAGGAAUACUUCAUUUCAAGAUAAAUUGAAAGUCAUUUCACGCGUCUCAAUUGCUUAUAGUGUGUAAAAUUCAGUAUAUUAGAAUUUAAGAGUGAUCUUCAGUUUUUAUUCACAAUUGUUACGUUAUCGAUAGUUUUAUAUAAACUUGAAUUGUAUUGUUAAUAGUAUAAAUUUGGUAUGAACUUGUUUGAAUUUCAGUUCUCCCUAUUUUCACAAGUCUCGAAUCAUAUUAAACAGUAAGAGAGGUUUUAUGAUUUAUAAACGACGAUCCGAUGUAAUCAAUAAUCAGUCAGUCCACCGCUUGAAAUUA